AAUUCAUCGGUUCAGUAAACAAACGCAAUGACAGCAGAUGUCAAACUAGCGCUUCUUCACUAGUUCUCCUUUAUACAACCAAAGGCUUCAUUUCCUCCUGAUUAUUAUUCAAACCGUCUUAAAAUAAAGUUAAAGUAGACAUUUAAUUGUUCAUUUAACUGAAUUUGAGCUGGUUCGUUUGCUAAUGCUAAUAGCUGGCUUAUUUUUUUUGUAAUUAAGUAACAUUGUGAAUAUUUAAUAAUGUCCGGACCAAAUGGAGAUCCAAACAUCUCGAUUGACGAUGGUAUUAUCAACGACGACGAUGAUUUCGGCGAUGAAGAAGAGUAUGAAGCCAUCAACUCCAUGCUAGAUCAGAUCAACUCCUAUCUCGAUGACCUGGAAGAACGGAACGAUUCACUUAAUGGCAAACUGCACGAACUAAUGGAGUCAAAUCGGCAAGCCCGGCUGGAGUUCAGGGCCCAACUGGUCGGCCCCCCGACCCCGGAGGACUGUCCUGCAGACGGGGACUCCUCCUCACCCAGCAACGAAGACCUGAGCGAGGACAGUGGUGCUGGGAAAUGAGCGACAAGAGUGGGUAGAUGAGGGGGAUUGAGUUCAGCAAAAUGCAGGGCUAGAAAUAAUUAUUACAUUUAAACUGACUCAACUCCUAUCCUGUCUGUUGGACUAGUGACCAUUGAUCUGCAUCGUUUAUGCCUGUUGGACUCUUCUGUGAAUUUAAACCCCCAUCAGCAGAUGUGUGAUUGCUUCUCCUCCAUCUAUCACUGAAAUCAGUCUCUUUUUUCCUCCUCUGUUGAACUGUGGGUGCUGAUGUUUGGUUCCUGAGCUCAAACUGCGAGAUCAUGUUUCAAUCAGUUGUUUGAUUUAACUUCUACAUUAACCAGGAGGCAAGAUCUUGUUAAUAUUAAUCCAGCACUGUGUAACAUGCUGAUAUUCAGUUGAACACCACUCCAGGCUCUCUCCCAUGAUCUUCAGAAUUUGCUCUCAUGGCCGAACAGGGGUCACAGUAGAACAUCAGCGCAGUGUGUUGAUCCAUGUAGAGUUCACAUUCAGCUGUGUAAUAGCUGUACAGUCUUAAUAUUAUUCCAAAAAAAGUAAAUAUGCAACAUUCCAGAUGUCUACCCGUGUAUUAAAAUGUUUGAUCUGCAGCAUGACUGUAACUCUACACCGUGCUGUCCUGUUCAAUACCAUUAACCUGUUUAGGAUGAGUGACGCAGUCUGUAAAGUGUUUUUGUAUUCAUGUAUAUGUUUAGGUGCUCAGCGUAAAAAAAGUAAUGUCAACAAAGAGCGGGAAUUGUCAAGACAUUUUAAUAUAAAUUAAAAUGACCCCCCCCCAACAGAAAACAAACAUCCAAAAAUACAUUAAACUUCCAGCAGUUAGAAAACAUUACCUAUUUGUUCAUCUCAAUUUGUCAGUAGCUGAAUAAAAAUACAAUAAGAAACAUACAGCUUUGUUUGAAAUUAUACUGUACAUGUCUCUUUCUCCCUCCUGCUCCCUUCUGUCUCCAAUCGAAAAAAGUACAGUUUCCAUCAAUUCUUGUUCCUUCAGACAGAAAAUGAUGUGUUAAUCAUGUGACUGUCACCACCGUGACUACAAGAGUUGCUACAUGUGUCAGUCAGUCGGUCUUUUGUGGUUUAAAAUAUCCUUCUCUAAUAUGGAGGAUGAAAUGUUUCCAGAGCAGCACACUAGUCAUGAAGAACAGAAGAAACAUCCUUAUUUACUGCUGAAAUGCUAGAACCAAAAUUAAACAUGUGUAACCUGUAACUGAGAUAAUCGGCUGUAUGUUACCGGUGCUUAAAAUCAGAGUGUGUAAGGAUAGUUUGCUACAUUAAAUACCUACAGACAACUUCA